AUGGAGAAUUUCCAAAAGGAAAAACAAAUUAUGGUAGAUCCACUUUCAUUGAAAAGUUCACCUAUCAAACAAAAGUUGCCAACUAUAAUCACAACAACUCCUACCCUUUUGCAUCCUCCAACACUCCAACCUCCAAAGCUAAGGUUUCUAAGCUCGAGUCUACCGAAUUCGGUAAACUCGUCGCCCCGGUUCGGUUCGAUUAAAAAACCGAAACACGGGAGCCCGGAACCUCAAUGUCAAGAAGCUACUAAUGUGAUGAUGACCAGCACACUUCAAGAACUUCUUCAAGAGGCUCAUUUUGGGAAGAGCAAGUCAUGUGGUGAUGCAAGAGAAAGUGAUUCUUUAGAAGGAUUUGAUUUUGAUGAAUGGUUGACUAAACUAAGUGCAAAAGAGCUAGAAAAAUGGGAGUGGCAUUAUGGUACUUUCACAAAAAAUGAAAAUGUUAAGGAAAGUCCUAAGAGUGUUGUUAAGGAAAUGAAAACAAUAACACCUUCACAUGAUGGAUUCAAAUGCAAUGCUCUUUGUCUUUUUCUUCCUAGCUUUGUUGGUAAAAUAAAGCCAAUUAAAACAAGAAAAGAAGUUUCAGAAAAAGUUGUUCCUACAAUGUUGUCAAGGAAUGUUUCUUUGGAGAAUUUUGAAUGUGGCUCUUGGGCUUCUGCAGCUAUGUCUCAUGAGAUUGAUGGAGAUUCUAAUAACUCUUAUUUUGAUCUUCCUAUGGAAUUGAUGAAAUUUGGUGGUGCUAAUGAAGUAGAUUAUCAUUCACCUAUUGCUGCUGCAUCUAGUGUUUAUGAAAAAGAUCUUAAAGGAGUUUUGAAAAGUAGUUCAGUUAGAGGGAGUGCUAGAAAACCGGACAUGUCUCCGCGACAUGUUCGGUUUUCUUUAUCAUCUUCUUCUCCAUCAUACCCUGCAUCUCCAGCAUUUUGUAUCAGUCCUCGUUUGAAAAAAGCUAGAGAAGAUUUUAAUGCAUUUUUGGCAGCACAAACUGCAUGA